AUGAAAAUCAUUGCUGCGGGAAUGAGAGACGAGAGAAAUGUUGGAAAAGUCCACAAAUGGAAGGUGCGCCGAAUAGUGCCAAGUCUAGUGGAGAGCUCCAUAGCAGCUUCGAUCAUUGAGGACCAACAUCACCUUACUUUUGCUAAUCUCUUACAACACCACCAUUACUGGAGCGAGAGAGACGAAAAGAUGAAUACCCAAGCUAUCCUCCGCGCCAGAAUGGCAACCCAACUCAUCGCCCGCCGCGGCUUCUCCUCUACCGUCCGUCGAGCAGACAACUUCAGCCCUUAUCACUACCCUGAAGGACCUUAUACCAACUUGCCUUUCAACACGAAGACGAGAUUCUUCUGGCUGCGAUACUGGGGUUUCAUGUGUAAGAAUACUUCCGACUUUGAAGAAACACGGGACUAA